UGCUCCGCCGUAGGUUUCCGGCUGCACUUUAGAAGAGAAGAGCGGCGUCGAGACCAUUGGGAAGACUAAACACCACCGCCUCCAAUAUCUAUACUGUACAAUGAAACUGUUAGCAAUAUAUCCGUCUCUCGAUAUCCGCUUCGUCACGGUUGUCCUGCUGACGAUGGGCCUCUCUACUCCCGGACAGGCAGAAAUCACCAGUCUGGAUUCAGCCAACAUUGAUGAUGUCCUAAAUAAUGCUGCGGUGUCGAUAGUUAAUUUUUACGCAGACUGGUGCAGAUUCAGUCAGAUGCUCCACCCAAUAUUUGAGGAGUCUUCUAACAUAGUGAGGGAGGAGUUCCCUGAAACCAAGCAGGUGGUGUUUGCCCGAGUCGACUGCGACCAACAUUCGGACAUUGCCCAGAGGUACCGCAUCACCAAGUAUCCAACACUGAAGAUGUUCCGCAAUGGGAUGAUGAUGAAGAGGGAGUACAGGGGUCAGAGGUCGGUGGCGGCCAUCGCUGAUUUCAUCCGCCAGCAGCAGGUCAACCCUGUGAAAGAGCUGCAAUCCAUGGAGGAGAUGAAUACUCUGGAUAGAAGCAAGAGAAACAUCAUAGCUUACUUUGAGAGUAAGGACUCGGAGAACUACAACACAUAUGCAAAGGUUGCCAACAUCCUUCGAGAUGACUGCACGUUCUUGUCGGCCUUUGGAGCCAUAUCUCAGGCCGAGCGCUUCAGUGGAGACAAUAUCAUCUACAAGCCCGUUGGAGAGAGCAUCGCCGAAAUGGUCUACCUCGGAUCACUCACCAACUUCGACCUGACCUUCGCCUGGGCCCAGGACAAGUGUGUGCCUCUGGUCAGGGAGAUCACCUUUGAAAAUGGAGAGGAGUUGACUGAAGAAGGGAUCCCUUUCCUCAUCCUGUUCCAUGUGAAAGAAGACACGCAGAGUUUAGAGAAGUUCCAGCAUGAAGUGGCUCGCCAGCUCAUCAGCGAGAAAGGGUCUAUAAACUUCCUGCACGCAGACUGCGAGAAAUUCCGCCAUCCUCUGCUCCAUAUCCAGAAAACUCCCGCUGACUGUCCCGUCAUCGCUAUAGACUCGUUCAGACACAUGUAUGUCUACCCCGACUAUAAAGACCUCAAUAUCCCUGGAAAACUGAGACAGUUUGUGCUGGACCUUCACUCUGGAAAGCUUCACCGAGAGUUCCACCACGGCCCCGACCCCACGGACAGCACGCCUGGACAGGAGGAGACGGGAGGGGAGGCGGCUAGCAGCCCCCCGGAGAGCUCGUUCCAGAAGCUGGCGCCCAGCGAGACUCGCUACACCAUCCUCAACCGGGGCCGCGACGAGCUGUGACCUCAACAGCCUUUCAGAGAUCCUGUGACUCAAUGCCACGCCCCGGGUCGGGGGGAGGG